UUUCGGUUUACACACAAGCAAUGACUUGUCAGUGCGCGCCAUGGGUUUUCCAUGUUUGCCACAAUUUUUUGUUCAUAUCUUAGCUUUUUUCUUCUGAUUUUUGCAAUCAGCUUUGCUCAAUUUUAAACGACAUCAUUUCAAAUGGAAGGCGGUCAGCGGAAACGUGUCAACAACGACAAACAGGCAAAGCCCGAUAAGCGCGCCAGGAGCGACGCCAAGCCCACCAAGAGCGAUGCCAAGCCCACCGCUGCAGCCAAAUCACCCAAAUCACCUAAAUCAGUCAAGGCUAAGCCCGCCAAACCCGCCUCCACGGGCGCCGCAAUCCCCGCUCUGCCUACGACCCAGCCUGCAAAGGACAGCUUCUUGAUCUCGGCCGGCACAUACGAGCGCCUCCUCUACGGAAUUGAGGGCCGCUUUGUCGGCAGCCAGCUGACCCUCAAUCCGCAGUUUAUUAUCCCCGCCCACACCGGCUGCAUCAAGGCCGUGUCUGUUGGCGGUCGCUAUCUGGCCUCGGGCAGCACUGACGAAAGCAUUAGGCUGUAUGAUUUGAAGAAGCGCGUGGAGCUGGGCUCGCUGCACGAGCACACAGGCACGAUCACCUCCCUGCACUUCCACGGCCAUACGCACUUGCUAUCGGCGAGCACUGAUGGUGCUAUCUGCAUCUAUCGCACAAAGGACUGGGAGCCCCUCAAGGUGCUCAGGGGACACAAGGGCGCUAUCCAUAGCAUUGCUAUCCACCCGACUGGAAAGCUGGCGCUCUCGGUUGCCGAGGACCGCACCAUUAUUAUCUGGAAUCUGCUUACGGGCAAGCGUGCCAGCCGCACCAAGACCCCGCAGCUGGGAGAAAUUGUUGCCUGGAGCCCGUCUGGGACCACCUACGUUAUUGGAUAUGCCACUGAAAUUCAGCUGCACAAGGUUGGCCAGUCAGAGGCCAUUGCCACCAUCUUCUCAUCUCAGCGCAUUCUUUCCAUACUCGUUGUCGCUUGCAAGGGCAAGGAGUACGUGCUCGCUGGAUGCCAGGACAAGCGUGUGUACAUAUACUCGGCCGAGGGCACCGAGCUCGGAUCUGUGCUGUGCCACGAGAACCGCAUCAAGGGCCUUAGCAGCGUGGACAUGACCUUCCCAGACGGCUCAAUCCACACAAUAAUUGUGUCCGUCUCCUCGGACGGCCGGAUCAAGGCGUGGAAGCUGGAUGACAUGAUCGAAUCAGUCUCGGUCUCGGCCGCAGACAAGGACAAGAACGAGGAUGCCGCCGACAGAGAGGAAGUUGAGCCUCUGGCGAAUUACAACGCUGAUGUCCGGCUCACAUGCGUAGCCGCCUCCAAUAACAUUUACCAAUAAUUUUUUCUUUGUUCACUCGCCCGCAUUUUCUUGAGAAUAAGAUGAGCUGCAGCUUUUAUAAAAUGUUAAAA